GCAGGGGUCAGAGCACCUCGGGUUGGGGAAGGAGUAAGAAGUGGGGCGGGGAGCCCCUCCUGAGGGCCAGAACCCACUUCCUGUUUCACACCCUGCUGGGGAGGCACAGAGUGGGGACAGGGAACCAGAAGGCAGAGCUGGGCCUCUCCUGCCAGACUGGCCCCUAUAGAUCAGAGCCACCUGGUUUGGGUGCUCCUGCUGGAAGGAUGGAGGACGAUAAGGGCCCUGAGUACGGCAAGCCUGAUUUUGUGCUUUUGGACCAGGUGACCAUGGAGGACUUCAUGGAGAACCUGAAGCUCAGGUUUGAGAAGGGCCGCAUCUACACCUACAUCGGCGAGGUACUAGUGUCUGUGAACCCUUACCAAGAGCUGCCACUAUACGGACCCGAGGCCAUCACCCAGUACCAGGGCCGUGAGCUCUACGAGCGGCCACCCCACCUCUAUGCUGUGGCCAAUGCUGCCUACAAGGCCAUGAAGCGCCGGUCUCGGGACACCUGCAUCGUCAUCUCAGGGGAGAGUGGGGCAGGGAAGACAGAAGCUAGCAAGCACAUCAUGCAGUACAUCGCGGCUGUCACCAACCCCAGCCAGAGGGCCGAGGUGGAGAGGGUCAAAGAUGUGCUGCUCAAUUCCACCUGCGUGCUGGAGGCCUUUGGCAAUGCUCGCACCAAUCGCAACCACAACUCCAGCCGCUUCGGCAAAUACAUGGACAUCAAUUUUGACUUCAAGGGAGACCCCAUUGGGGGUCACAUCCACAGCUACUUGCUGGAAAAGUCCCGGGUCCUCAAGCAGCACGUGGGCGAGAGGAACUUCCAUUCGUUCUACCAGAUGCUGCGGGGGAGCGAGGAGGAGUUGCUGCGAGACCUGCACUUGCAGAGAAACCCUGCACUGUACGCCUUCACCCGCCAGGGAGCAGGGCUCAAUGCCUUGGACAGUGAUGAGAGGAGCCACCAGGCGGUGACCCAGGCCAUGAGAGUGAUUGGCUUCAGUCCUGAGGAGGUGGCAUCUGUUCACCGGAUCCUAGCCGCCAUAUUGCACCUGGGAAACAUUGAAUUUGUGGAGACAAAGGAGGAGGGGCCAGAGAAGGAGGGCCUAGUUGUGGCUGAGGAGGUGCUGGUGGACUAUGUGGCUGAACUGACGGCUACACCCCGGGACCAGGUGCUCCGCUCUCUGCUGGCCCGCACAGUGGCCUCGGGGGGCAGGGAGCUCAUUGAGAAGGCCCACUCCACAGCUGAGGCCUGCUAUGCCCGGGAUGCCUGUGCCAAGGCAGUAUACCAGCGGCUCUUUGAGUGGAUUGUGAACAAGAUUAACAGUGUCAUGGAAGCCCGAGGCCGGGACCCUCGGCGUGAUGGCAAGGACACAGUCAUCGGCGUACUGGACAUCUAUGGCUUCGAGGUGUUCCCUGUCAACAGCUUUGAGCAGUUCUGCAUCAACUACUGCAACGAGAAGCUCCAGCAGCUGUUCAUCCAGCUCAUCCUGAAGCAGGAGCAGGAGGAGUACCAGCGCGAGGGCAUCACCUGGCAGAGUAUCGACUACUUCAACAAUGCAGCCAUCGUGGAGCUAGUGGAGCGCCCCCCCCGGGGCAUCCUGGCAGUGCUGGAUGAGGCCUGCAGCUCCGCGGGCUCCGUCACUGACCGGAUCUUCCUGCAGACCCUGGACACCCACCAUAGGCACCACGCACACUAUUCCAGCCGCCAGCUUUGCCCCACAGACAAGAGCAUGGAGUUUGGCCGGGACUUCCGAAUAAAGCACUAUGCGGGGAAUGUCACGUACUCUGUGGAGGGCUUCAUUGACAAGAACCGAGAUUUCCUCUUCCAGGACUUUAAGCGGCUGCUGUACAACAGCACGGACCCCACCCUGCGGGCCAUGUGGCCAGAUGGACAGCAGGACAUCACAGAGGUGACAAAGCGCCCCCUGACGGCUGGCACACUCUUCAAGAGCUCCAUGGUAGCCCUGGUGGAAAACCUGGCUUCCAAGGAGCCUUACUACGUGCGCUGCAUCAAGCCCAAUGAGGAAAAGGUGGCUGGGAGGCUGGAUGAGGGCCACUGCCGCCACCAAGUUGCAUACCUCGGGCUGCUGGAGAAUGUGAGGGUCCGCAGGGCCGGCUUUGCGUCCCGCCAGCCCUACCCCCGAUUCCUGCUCAGGUACAAGAUGACCUGUGAAUACACUUGGCCCAACCACCUGCUGGGCUCGGACAGGGCAGCUGUGAGCGCCCUCCUAGAGCAGCAUGGGCUGCAGGGGGACGUGGCCUUUGGCCAUAGCAAGCUGUUCAUCCGCUCACCCCAAACCCUGGUCACGCUGGAGCAGAGCCGGGCCCGCCUCAUCCCCAUCAUUGUGCUCCUGCUGCAGAAGGCGUGGCGGGGCACCCUGGCCCGGCGGCGCUGCCGGCGCCUGCGGGCAGUCUACACCAUCAUGCGCUGGUUCCGGCGGCACAAGGUGCGCGCCCACUUGGGGGAGCUGCAGCAGCGUUUCCAGGCCGCGCGGCAGCCCCCUCUCUACGGCCGCGACCUCACCUGGCCACCAGCGCCUGCAGUGCUGCAGCCGUUCCAGGACACCUGUCAAGCGCUUUUCUGCAGGUGGCGGGCCCGGCAGCUGGUGAAAAACAUCCCCCCUUCAGACAUGGCCCAGAUCAAGGCCAAGGUGGCCGCCAUGCGGUUACUGCAGGGGCUGCGUCAGGACUGGGGCUGUCGGCGGGCCUGGGUCCGUGACUACCUGUCCUCUGCCACUGACAAUCCCACAGCCUCAGGCCUCUUCGCUCAGCGGUUGCAGACCCUCCGGAAGAAGGACGGCUUUGCGGCUGUACUCUUUUCUAGCCAUGUCCGCAAGGUGAACCGCUUCCACAAGAGCAGAGACCGGGCACUCCUUCUCACAGAUCAGCACUUGUACAAGCUGGAGCCGGGCAGGCAGUACCGUGUGAUGCGGGCUGUGCCUCUCCAGGCAGUGACCGGGGUGAGCGUGACGAGUGGGCGGGACCAGCUGGUGGUGCUGCAUACCCGGGGCCAGGAUGACCUGGUUGUCUGUCUUCACCGCACCCAGCCGGAGCUGGACAACCGCGUUGGGGAACUAGUGGGCGUGCUAGCCGCGCACUGCCAAGGGGAGGGCCGGGUCCUGGAGGUCCGUGUCUCUGACUGCAUCUCCCUGAGCCAGCGCGGAGCCCGGCGCCUCGUCUCCGUGGAGCCCAAACCUGAGCAGCCGGCGCCUGAUUUCCGCUGCAGCCGGUCUGGCUUCACCCUGCUCUGGCCGAGCCGCUGAGCUGGCCUCCUCACUGGCUCACUGCAUAAAUAAAGUCUCUUGUCCUCUUCUGGUGUGGGCCUUGUGCCUCUAGUACACAUGGGAAAUGGUCCCUCCACUCCCACCUGGACAGGACACCCCUGUGGUCCACCUGUGCCUGCUCUGUGUGGGCUGCCUGUGACCUUGGCAAAUGGCCUCACCCUGAACUGGGGCAGGAGAGGUGGGCAUAGCAAGACCCUGUCCCUGGGGCCUGGGCUUGGAGUGUGGUCUGAGAGAGGCGCAUCACCUCUGUGAAAUGAGGUCCUGUAAGACUGCCCCAUCCUGACAGCAGUAAUCCCUUUCCCGGUCUCCCAGAGGGAGGGCUCCGGGCCUGUUCCUGUCUGCCUGGUGAAGGCUGGGGUUCUGGGCCUGUCAGGUGGUGGCGGUGGGCAGAGGAGUUCCCUGGAGGAAAUCCAGAAGCGGCCACUGUAUGCAGAAAGUAGGGACAGACGGAAGAGGCAGACCACUCCAGAUUGAGUAAGCAGUCUAAGGUUUAUUAUGGGGAAAACUUAGAUACAAGGCGAGGUCCUGGGCAGCAUCAGGAUGCACAGAUCUUGGCGCUACUGCCCCAAGCUCCAGAGAUCACAUAGAGGAGCUAAUGUGCCUGCUGAAAGGGAAGAGGACUUGAAGCACUUACUGAUGGACAUCAAAGACUACAACCCUCAGUAUGGGUUACACCUCAGCAUAAAAAAAACACAAAAAUCCUCACAACUAUUUAGGGCAGUGGAACUGUUCUGUAUGAUACUGUAAUGGUGGUCACAUGACAUUAUGAUUCGUCAAAACUCAUAGGACUGUACAACACAAAGAGUGAACCCUAAUGUAAACUAUGGACUUCAGGUAAUAAUAACGUAUCAGUAUUAGUUCAUUAGUUGUAACAAGGAAACCCUGGUGGCAUAGAGGUUAAGAGCUAUGGUUGCUAACCAAUAGGUCAGCAGUUCGAAUCCACCAGGUGCUUCUUGGAAACUCUAUGGGGCAGUUCUACUCUGUUCUAUAGGGUCGCUAUGAAUUGGAAUUGACUCGACAGCAACGGUAAUUGUAACAAGUGUACCACACUAAUGUAAGAUAUUAAUAAUAGGGGGAACCGAGUAGAGGAGAGAGAAGGAAUGUGGGAACUGUCUAUACUGUCUGUUCAAUUUUCUGAAAACCUAAAACUGCUGUAGGAAAUAGUCUAUUUAAAAAAAUAUAUUCUUUUCAAUUAAAUAUCAGAUAAAAUUGUGGUGGGGGGGAGUGGGGAAACUUAGCUAAAAAGGAAAAGAGGGAGGGCAGAAGUCCAGUUUAAGAUACCAUCCUGUUUGAAAAUGCUAUGUGAACCUUCACCAAAAAUACAAUAAAAUAUAUUAAAAAAAAAAAAUUCUCACAACUGGACCAAUAAGCAAAAAAAACAACACCAUGAUAAAUGGAGAGAAGACUGAAGUUGUCAAGGGUUUCACUUUACUUCAAUCCACAACUAACGCCCAUGGAAGCAGCAGUCCAGAAAUCAAAUGACAUAUUGCAUUAGGCAAAUCUGCUGCAAAAGACCUCUUUAAAGUGUUGAAAAGCAAAGAUAACACUUCGAGGACUAAGGUGCUCCUGACCCAAGCCAUAGUAUUUUCAUUCGCGUCAUAGGCAUGCGAAAGCUGGACAAUAAAGAAGGAAGACCAAAGAAGAAUUGAUGCCUUUGAAUUAUGGUAUUGGUGAAGAAUAUUGAAUAUACCAUGGACUGCCAGAAGAAUAAAAAAAUCUGUCUUGGAAGAAGUACAGCCAGACUGCUUCUUAGAAGUGAGGAUGGUGAGACUUUGUCUCACGUACUUUGGACAUGUUAUCAGGAGGGCCUGGUCCCUGGAGAAGGACAUCAUGGUUGGUAAAGUAGAGGGUCAGAGAAAGAGAGACCCUCAACAAGAAGGACUGACACAGUGGCUGCCACAAUGGGCUCAAACAUUGCAAUGCUUGUGAGGAUGGUGCAGUACCGGGCAGUGUUUGUCUUUGUUGUACAAAGGAUCGCUGUGAGUUAGAACCGACUUGACGGCACCUAACAACAUAACAACAACAGUGUGGGCUCGUCAUGCAAACUCCCUUCCCUCAAGUCCAAAACGUCCAGAUGUUAUCGUUUGGAUCUGGGUUCCUUCAAGGAUAUUAUGUUCUUUGGCCUCCCACUCAUUUUUGGGAAUGGAAGCGUUUGCCAGGACUGUAGUCAGCUUCAGGCCUAGAGGCAGCUCACAGGUCCUGGAUCGGUCAUGUCCUCAUUUGUCCUGGAGGGAACAAAGCAGGCCUGCUGGCUGGCUGUAGGUGGUACUGCCAGGGAAUGAUGCACUGUGAGGCACCCGUCUCAGCUACCCAUUGUAGGAUAUUGGGGUGCAGGUGUCUGAGGCCAUGGAAAACCUACUUCUGAGACAGAAGGGACCAGAGUAGUACCCAGAUCUCCUAGCACUAGGGAACAGAGCUUGGUACCUGGGGUUCCACAGGGCACUCACCUGGAAAGUAGUUCAGUCAUGAGCCCCUCUCUCCUCCUUCCAUGGGCACUCACCUCUGUGUUCACAGCUGCUUCUUCCCUCUCUUCUUUGGGGCACACUAACUUCAUGGGCUUUCCUCACUUGGUUGCACAGCAUUGGUAUGGGGAAACACGACUGUCUCCAUGGCCUAAAGGUGUGACAUCUGAGGACUCAGAACUGUCCUAGUCCCUCUCCUGUGCUUCCUCUUGUUACUAUGGCUGAGCCUCCCCAGGUGGCUGACGCCAGGUCACAUCUGCCAUGCAGAUCAUGUCUGGCUGUCCUGUGCCCUAGGUGCUCAGUCUGCCCAGCAACCAGAGUCUCCCCAGGCUCAGGAGGCCUCCCUCACAGAGUAACCAGAAGUGAAAGGGUUCACAGGCUGCUUCCAUCUUAAAGUCAUAAACUAUCCUUGCAGACCACCCCUGGCAGAGGCGCUGGUAAGGAAGCCCAGCAGCCUCUGUUUGCUUUUGCCCAGCCCUCCUUUGGGCACUGGUGGGCAUGCAGAAUCCAGACCUCCUGCAAGGCCCUGUCUCCAAGUCCUUUUGUCUUAUAACUGUGCCUAUUCUCUCCCAGACAAGAAAGGCCAGGUAACACAAUGUUUCUCUAGACUAUCUUCAAUGUUUGUUUAGUGUAGGUCUCACUGACCGGCAGGUGGUCUCAGAAGCUCACCAGUGUAGUUUCUGGUUCUAGUGCCUAGGAUGGGUCCAGUGUGGGCAUUCCAGGAACAUUCACUGACCAGCUAAACGAAAAUGUUUGCUAAUGGCACCACAGCAGGGAAGGCCACCUACCAGUGAAAAAAUGAAAACAGGUUCAGGCUUAGAGAGAAAGGACCAAUUAAACACAGAGAGGGGUUUCCAGGGGGCUCUGUGUCCCCAGGGGAGCCCAGGCCACCCUGCAAGGCCAGAAGGUUCUCUCCUGGUCCUGGGGGCCUGAAGGGGCAUCAGAGUCCUUCUGACCCAGCCCCGUGCCUGGCACUGCCAGCUCCUCAUCUCUCAGAAGGGCUUCCUUCCAGCAGAAGGGUGCCAGUUUUGCAGUCUUUGGUUUUGAUCUGCUGAGGUUGGGAAGUGUUCAUAUUAAAAGAGUUUGAUUCUGGAAGUCCUAGCCAGAGCAAUUUAGGCUAGGGGGGGAAGAAAAAUCCGAACUGGGAAGGAGGAAGUAAAACUAUUCCUUUUCCCAGAUAAUGUGAUCUUAUAGAAUCCACAAGAAAGCUACUAGAACUAAUUCAGCAAAGUGGCAGGGUACAAGAGCAACACACAAAAAUCAGUCAGGCUUGUAUCCACCAGCAGUGAGCAAGCUGAAAAGGAAAUUAAGGAAACGUUACCAUUUACAAUAGCAUCUAAAAGAAUGAAGUGCCUAGGAAUAAAAUUAACCAGGAAAAUGAAAGACUUGUGUUCAGAAAACUAUAAAACAUUACUAAAACUAAUUAACCCAAAAUCAAACCUGUUGCCAUCGAGUUGGCUCCAACUCAUAGCAAUCCUGUAGGACAGUGUAAAACUGCCCCAUAGGGUUUCCAAGGAGCGGCUGGUGGAUUCGAACUGCCCACCUUUUGGUUAGCAGCCAUAGCUCUUAACCACUGCGCCACCAGGGCUCCAAAAGAAACUAAAGACCAAAAUAAAUGAAAGGACAUUCUGUGUUUGCAAAUUGCAAGGCUUAAUAUAGUUAAGAUGUCAACACUACCCCCCAAAAAAAAAAAAACCCAAAGCGAUCUACAAAUUCAA